GAACUACCUAGGUAACAGGCGCGCAAAGCAACUUCGGUCCACGGUCAGCCCUACUACCUACGUACGCCGCACGCGUGCCCCUCACUCGUGAGGCGCUCCGUAUGGGCGCUCAACCUUUGCUUCAUGCAGCUUCGAAGUGACGCAUGUGGAGGUCACAUUCGCUGCAUGUUGCUAACGCAGCUGGGCGCACCUCGUCGAUCUCAUGCAGCCACUGCCAUCUUGCUUUAGUUGAAGGAGGUGCUCGUAGAGUUGCGAGUUGGACUGUUUUCCUUCGGUGCACAGCGGGUGGUAAUGCCGCAGGGAGGCGCUAUCCAGGCUGGUUGAAAGCUGUAGCUUCUGUGUGGACAUAGAUCCGGAUAUGCUUUGCCUGCUACCUGCUUGACUUGUCAGAGUGUGGCACUUCUUUUGGUCGGGAAUUGCACAUCUGAAUUGGUGAAGAAGUCUUCAGCUGCUGAGAGCGUCAGAUCUGCCUUUCGACGCUUUUCGCACCAAGUAUGGCUGGCGCUACAUGUCGGUCUGGGGCAGCUGGUGCUGGUUUGCUGGGCCCUCAGGUUGUGUUGUCUGCAAGCAAAUGCCAGCCUUCUCAGAUAGAUCUGAGGCACACCAAGCUGCAGCCAGCGAUCUCUGCUCGAGGUGGCCACUCCAGACAAAAGCUUGGCACAGGAAAAGGCUUUGUUGAGGGAAUUGGGAUUAGCCAGCUAAAGCAGCUUAAAAAUGUAGACCGCAACAAACGGAAGAAGGUCCUUCGCACUGCUGCGGUGCUUGUGAAUGAGGACCCGAUGUUCAGCGGAAGGGGCCGGGACGCAGAUUUUGCUGAGUCCUCUGGUCGGGAUGCAACAGAUGCAAACGCCGGCUCCCCUCUUGAUGAGCUGCUUCAGACUGGGCGGGCGCUAAAGUUUGCGGCGUCCAUUGAUGAAGAGAGCGCUCGGCAACGAGCUCUGGACAGGCGGCUUCGCAGGAAGUCGGAGAGGGCUUCGUACCAGGUGGCAGCAAUCGCGUCGACGCUGGGAUUCACAGCUUUGGCGGGAGCUGCAGUGUACCACCGGUUCCUUUGGCAGAUACCGGAGGGAGGCUCACCACCGUAUUUGGAGAUGGCUGGCACCUUCGCUCUUGCCAUUGGAGCACUGGUUGGGAUGGAGUACUGGGCCCGAUGGGCGCACAAAGCUUUGUGGCAUGCCUCUCUGUGGAACCUGCAUGAGUCUCAUCAUCGGCCACGGGAAGGUCCUUUCGAGGCCAACGACAUUUUUGCAAUCAUUAACGCUGUACCUGCAAUUGCGCUUCUAGCAUACGGUUUCUUCAACCACGGAUUUAUCCCCGGACUGUGCUUUGGAGCGGGCCUGGGCAUCACCAUGUUUGGCAUGGCUUACAUGUUUGUGCAUGACGGCCUGGUCCACCGCCGUUUCCCCGUGGGGCCAAUUGGCGAUUUACCCUACCUUCAGAAAGUAGCAGCGGCGCAUCAGAUGCAUCAUGCGGACAAAUUCGAAGGCGUUCCUUAUGGCCUCUUCUUAGGCCCUGAGGAGUUGGAGCGUGUUGGUGGCCUGGAAGACAUGGAGGCCCUUAUCCAGAAGCAACGGUUGAGCAGAGAAACCCUUGCCACCAAGUAGGACCAGGAGGAGGACCUGCCGUUCUGGUGGGCCGUUGCGAAUAUUAAUUGAGCAUUCCCUUGGGCAGGGAACUUACUGAGGAGAGCAUUGUUCUCGCGUUGAGGUGCCUAGAACCCGCUGCGGCUCAUUAUGAAUCGCAAUCAAUCAUGCUGACUAGAAAGCUCUUGGGGAUCAGUAGUCAGCAAGCUUGGCAGUGUUUGCAGCCUUACAGCCUAGAGAGCGCAUCGUCAAUCAUGGGAAGGGGCACCUGCAAUUUUGCAAUGCAUCCUCAAGCUACUAAGUCGUUGAUCAGAUUGUAGCCGGUCAUGAUCGUUACUACCGCAGAGACAAGACAAGAUGGUCGAGCUCGUAAUCUGACGGUAGACGAUUAAUAGCAGAAUUAUGGCAGGACGCAAAUUAGCGGCUUGCAACAUUUACUAAAGCAGGAUGUAAUUGUUGGAACUUGUCUAUGCUAAGGUCACCUAGUCAAUUAACAGCACAGAUUGAAAUUUGUGUGUGCCUGCCGCCAUAGACUAAUGCAUGCACCUUCAUCCCCACAUUGGUCGGCAAAAAACCAGCAAGCCGAAGGCUCCCGGC